AAGAUUUUCUUUUGUGGAAAAUUCUGAUAAAGACGUCUCUGUCCAUCAUAAAACUUUAAAUUCUACAACUACAAACUUUUCAGUAAGAUUUUCAGACAAAGCCAAAUCUUAUAUUUAUAUUAAAAAUUUAUUUAAUAUGUAUAAGUAAUAUAUUCAAAACUUGGCGAGCAAAAAAAUGUGAAUCAACACUCAUAAAUUAAAAAUUCUGGCUCCACCGCUACCAGCUUCAAAUGUUCAUAGGUGCUUUAAGUUGUGGUAUGGCAAACUUUGGAACCAAAAUCAAAGUUAGUAGCGACUAGACUGGUCAAUAGUAUCAUCCACAAAAGUCAGGUGGUGAUGGACUGACCAUAAAAUGGGAAUGGAAUUUUUCUAUUCAAAUAUGGGAUGUAAACUUUGUCAAAGAGACAUUAAGAGCCUCACAAACUUCAAAUACUAGUCUAGCAGCCACCAUUUUUAACGAUUAUUCAACAAGAAAAAAAUAUGGCGCCGUAUCCCAAAGACUAUGAAGUAAAUACAAAUUUUGAGAAAUGCAUUUGCCACUUUCCAGAAGUUGAAACAUGACAUCAUCUAUGGAAGCUAGUUUCUUCCUAGUUUUUCUACUGACUUUCUGCUCUUCUAUAUACAGUAUUUUUUCUGCUACAACAACAGACUCAAUCACUACGAAUCAAUCUAUCGUAGAUGGAGAAACUAUUGUUUCAUCAGAUGGAACCUUUGAGCUGGGAUUCUUCAGCCCCAGCGGUUCCUCAAAUCGAUAUAUUGGGAUAUGGUACAAGCAAAUUCUUCCUUAUGUCCAAACAGUUGUAUGGGUUGCAAACAGAGAAAAACCACUGACCAAUACAUCUUCAGUACAACUGAAGAUAAACGUGCCAGGAAUACUUGCUCUUCUCAAUGAAAAGAAUGAAAGUAUAUGGUCCACUAACACCUCAAGAUCAGUCCAAAAUCCAGUUGCCGUGCUCCUAGAUUCUGGGAAUCUUGUUGUUAAAGAUGCAAAUGAUAAAAAUCCAGAGGAUUUCCUCUGGCAGAGCUUCCAUUUUCCAACUGAUACGCAUUUGCCUGACAUGAAGCUUGGCAAGAAUUUUAAAACUGGCUAUGAGAUUUACCUUUCAGCAUGGAAGAAUGAUAAUGAUCCAGCUCCAGGAGAAUUCACUCGUACCAUUGAUCCUACUGGAUAUCCACAGGCUCUCACCAAAAGUGGCACAAAUGUAUUAUACCGUAUAGGACCAUGGAAUGGUUUACGAUGGAGUGGAGCACCCACACCACUACUAACACAAAGCAGACUUUAUACAUUACAAUUUAUUUUUAAUAAGGAUGAGCUUUACUAUAUCUUUUCUCUCAUUAAUAACAGCUCGGUUUUAUCAAGAUUUGUCUUGAGUAGCAAUGGUGAUAUACAACGUUUCAUGUGGGUGGAUCAGACAAAGAGAUGGAAUGUUCACUACAAGUUACCUACAGACACUUGUGAUACAUAUAGCUUGUGUGGUGUGUAUGGGAGC